CCUAAAAAUCCUCCUCUCCCUCCCUCCCUCGGCUCUCAACCCCUACCUAGACCACACCAACCCGAGGAAACAUUCGUCGUGAGUCCCCACCGGAAAUCACCAGGUCUCAGAAGCCCAGGGGAAACCUCUCGUCUUGUUUCUCCAGAGAUCUCUGUCAUCGUCGUGGCGGUUUUCCGACGUUCGAACCGGCGGAGGUGAUGAGCGAUGAGCGGCCGCGGGGGUGACGCGGAGGACGUCGACUGGGGAAGCCAUGGAUGAGACGGGGCCGGCGGGAUGGGGGACGUGGGAGGAGCUCGUCCUCGGCGGGGCGGUUCUCCGGCACGGGGCAGGUGCCUGGGAAGCCGUCUCCUCCGAGGUCCAGACCCGAACCUUGCGUCACCCGCACCUUUUCACCGCCGAGGAGUGCGAGACCAAGUACCACGACUUGCGAGGGCGCUUCAGCGGCUGCGAUGGAUGGUUCGAAGAGUUGAGGAAGCUCCGAGUUGCAGAGUUGAAGAGGGAGAUAGAGAAGUUGGGGGACUCCAUUGGAUCUCUGCAGUCGAAGAUUGAAAACCUCAAGGCUGAGAAAGGAGAUGGUGAGUUGGACAAUGGUUCAAGCCCGCUGCACUUGUCACCCGUCGAAAAUGUCGAUGGUGGGGAAUCUGCUAGGAGGGACAGGUCUAAGGAAGGUUCAUCAGCUGGUAGCUUCACACAGGAUGUGGAGGAAGGAGGGAGAGACUGGUCACAAGACAGCCAGCUUCCUGUUGUCGAAGCUGCGGAGCCUGAGGAAGCAAGGCACAACGUGAAGUUGGAAUUACCAGAGUUGAAUGAGGGGAAGGUUGGGCCUCUAAGGAAGAGAAGAGGGGGUAGGAGAAGGAAAGUGUGCGGGGGGACAAAGGAUGUCUAUGGCACAGGGGAAAGCGAGGUGUUGAGUUCUGCCAAUGAUGUCAUCGUCAAAGAAAAAGCAACUGAAACCGCCAGAAAUCAUGAGAAGAUCAUCAAAGCUACCAGUGACGACAGCCAGAGGAAGGAAAGCAUGGUCUCAAGGUUGGAUUGGCUGCCUCAAUUUCUUGACUGCGUUAUGGAGCACAAGGAUGGAGCUGUCUUUCGUCGAAGGCUUGAGAGCCAGAGGAGACCUAGAUACAAAAGACUGAUCAGGAGGCAUAUUGACCUGGAGAUGAUAAAGAGAAGUGUGGACGGGAAAACUUACAGAACAAGUUUGGAGAUGCUAAGGGAUCUUCUGCUGCUACUGAACAAUGCUCUAGUUUACUACCGGAAGAACUCGCCUGAGAAUGAUUCAGCCGUAAGUUUGCGACAAUUUGUGACCAAAAUGUUCAAGGAAUUCUUGGACAAGGAACAGAUUAGUGGUGAGGGAUCAGUUCUCGACAACUCAAUUCCUAGUCCAGUAAAGCCUCAAACUGUGGAGAAGGAUAAGCCUGAAACCAUGGAUAUGGGAUCUGUUCUUCUCGACAAACCAAUGCCAAAUCCAGUAAAGCCUCGUAGCGCCCGACCAAGCAAGCACCUUACCGCUGGUAAAGCUGCUAAAGAAAUGCGCAAUGUCCGGAAGAAUGGCGAGGAUAGAGCUAAGCUAACUUUUCCUGCAAAGAGACGUGCAGGACGAACUGCAAAGUGUAGUGAUGAAAGAAGAGCCAAGCGGCUAAAGGGUUCCUCAGGCACGAGCCGGAAAAGGUAAAGUGCUGGUGGAGGCGGUGCGCUGCCUUUGAUUACUGUGUAAAUUUUUUUGUUGUUUAUAUAUAUAAAUAUGUAAUUUUUUGUUCA